AGCAUAUCACAGAAGUGGAGUAACUAAAUCUGCAUAAGAGUUUGAGACUUUAGGUUAUAUAGGUUGAGAGAAGCAUGUAUCAGUAUAGUUCCCAACUAUACGGAACUGAAUGGGAGUCCUACAUGGGGAUUAGCAACCUAGACAAGGUUGUUGGAUCAGAACAACUGAGUUUUGAGCCCACAAAAUCACCCUUCAACAUUGUGACAACUCCUCUUCAAAUUACUCCACCAGGUUUUUGUGCAAGUGCAAUCAAAAGCCUUGUGAGUUUUCAAGCUCAGCAACAACAACAACAUGCUCAUCACCAGCAUCAGAUUGAAGUUCCAGCUGCUUGGUGCUUUGAGUUUCCAAAGACGACAACAACAACAGAUACGCACAUGGUGAUGAACAAUAUUUGCCAAGCCUCUGGAGAUAACUUCACCACAAAACAAGAUCGACCAUCGUCUCAAUUCACAAGCUCCUUCUUGUCUAGCAGUGGUGCAGAUUGCCGUUCUUCUUCUGAAAAAUAUUGUAAAAUUGCUUCUUAUUCCGAAGAAAAACAUAGUAGCAUUCAGCCUGAUAGUAUUCAAUAUUACGACCUCUAUUCACAAGAAGAUGAUAAAUUACUGAGGGAUGAUGCUGCCACGGAUGAAGGGCCCCUUGAAAUUUCCUUUCAGAGAAAUCAGUUGGACUCGUGUACAAAGCGAGAAAAGCAAGCUCCUCAUCGAACUUGUGGUGUUGCCUGUGUAGCUUCUAGGAGAGGCAAAAGAAGAAUAAAAUGGACCAAAGAUCUGCAUGAGCCAUUUAUGAUGAUUGUCAAUAGCCUUGGUGGUCCCGAAAAGGCAAAGCCUAAAGCUAUACUAGAUAUGAUGAAAUCAGAUUUGCUGUCCAUUUCUCACGUUAAAAGCCAUUUGCAGAAAUGUAGGUCUACUAUACACAUGCACAAAGCUUUGCAGGAAAGAUCUGAGAAAGGACAGAGAACUAAUGGGGUGUCUGAGCUUCAAGUCAAAAUCCAUAUGCAAAUUGAGGAAUCACGGCAACUACAACUAGAGAUCCGGAGAAAUAUAUGCCAACAACUAAAGAUGCAACGAAAUUUGCACACUCUAAUUCAAGAGCAGAGUCAGCAGCUCAAAGUAAUGUUAGAUUACCAAAAGGAAAGAACCAAACUGGAGAAGACCCCUUACACAGAACUGGAAGCUACUGUCCCCAAAUGAUGGGUCAAUUGUUUUGAUAAAGUUACUCUAUUUUCCUAGCUCUGUCAUGUGGCAUGGCUAUGACUUAUGCAAACACCAUGUUGCUGCCUUUGUUUUGCAAUAGGCAAAUCAAGCAUGUAAGUGUAAGAAACCAUUUUUUGGGCAGUUACUUCAAAAUGUAAGCAUGUCUUGUAUGCUCUUAUUGAGCACUCCCACACAAAUUUCACACAGCAUUCACACACAAGGAGAGUUGUCACAAAAUUAAGAGAAAAAAUGAAAACACUAUUCACUGU